AUCAAUGGCAAUAUUGACAGUUCUGGUCUAGUAAAACACUGGGAAUGUAUGAAAAAGAUGGCACUUAGACACUGAAUUUACCUACUGUGAAAGUUAUUUUUGUUUUUUUACUUUUGUACAAGGUGUUGUAAUAAAGUUAAUUUAUUUGAACUUUAUUUCAACUGUUUUGCGGAUUUUAUCUAAUUACCGAUAUUGUCUCAAGUUACCGACAUAUUUUUGUGUUUCUCCAUUCAUUUUACAAUACUUUAUUACUUUUUGCGUGUGUUUUGCUUCUAAUACCAAACAGGGGAAUCUGUUGGAAAAAAAGAAGAAAAAAACUGCAAAAGAAGAAAUGAACAGUGAUCGCCUACGUCAAAGAAUGAGAACGGUGAAGCUGUUUUAUUCGGUUCUAUUAUUGGCAUUGCUACAGUCCGGAGCCCUUGAAGGCAGAAAAUCCCGCGGUGGCCGUAACCCCCAGCCACGUCGGGCACAGCCUUCUCCUACAUAUCGAGGCCGGGGGGACACCACCGAGAGCUUCUCCUUGGAUUUCACCGCAGUCGAGGAGAAUAUAGACAACUUCAUGACCCAAGUGAAGAACCUGGCGCAGUCGCUGUAUCCCUGCUCCGCUCAGAAUCUUGACUACGAUAUGAAGCUGCAUUUCUUGGAGAAUACAUCAGUCACAUGUAACGACGGAAGCCCGGCGGGGUAUUACAUGAAGGAAUCCAAAGGAAGCAAACGGUGGCUGGUCUUUCUAGAAGGUGGAUGGUACUGCUUUAACAGAGUGAACUGUGACACCAGGUUCGAGACAAUGAGGAGGCUCAUGAGUUCAACAAAAUGGCCGCUCAGCAAGACAGGGACUGGAAUACUGUCGCCGUUGCCUGAAGAAAACCCCCACUGGUGGAACGCCAAUAUGGUCUUCAUCCCCUACUGCUCCAGCGAUGCGUGGAGUGGAGCCGCCGCCAGGACAGACCAAAGCGGCUACGCCUUCAUGGGGUCUCUGAUCGUGAAGGAGGUGGUGAAGGAGCUGCUGGUAAAGGGUCUGGGGAACGCCAAGGUCCUGCUGCUAGCUGGAAGCAGCGCCGGGGGGACAGGAGUCCUGCUCAACGUGGACCGGGUGGCGGAGCAGCUGGAGGAGCUGGGUCACACCGGCAUCCAGGUCAGGGGCCUGUCCGACUCGGGCUGGUUCCUGGAUAACAAGCAGUAUCGCUGCACCGACUGCCUGGACACCAUCAGCUGUGCCCCCACUGACGCCAUCAAAAGAGGCAUCAAGUACUGGAAUGGGGUGGUCCCCGAUCGCUGCAAACAGGCCCACCUGGGAGAGGAGUGGAACUGCUUCUUCGGUUACAGAGUCUAUCCAACCAUAAAGAGUCCCGUGUUUGUGGUGCAGUGGCUGUUCGACGAGGCUCAGCUCACCGUGGACAACAUCCACCUGACGGGGCAGCCACUGCAGGAGGGCCAGUGGCGCUACAUCCAGAACUUGGGCAGCGAGCUGCGUAACACGCUGAAGGACGUCCCGGCCAUGUUUGCGCCAGCCUGUCUGUCACACGAAGUCAUCACUAGAAGCUACUGGAUGGACAUCCAGGUCAAAGGCACCUCUCUGCCCAGAGCUCUGCACUGCUGGGACCGCAGUCUCAACGACAACAGCAGGAACAACAAGACGGCGCCCAAGGGCUGCCCCGUGCACCUGAUCGACAGCUGCCCCUGGCCCCACUGCAACCCCACCUGCCCCACUGUCCGGGACCAGUUCACGGGCCAGGAGAUGAACGUGGUCCAGUUCCUGAUGCACAUGGGCUUCGACGUACAAAAGAUGGCUCAGCAGCAGGGCAUGGACCCCGGCAAGCUACUGGGCAUGCUCAGUUCUGGCAGCUAAACAAACUCCGCCCCCCCGGCCCACUGUUGACACGUACCUUCAGAGCUCAGCACGCACGUACCUUUGACAGCCCCAGCUGUCCUCUAUUCACGAGGCAGGAAUAAUCUGGAUCCUUACACUCACGAGCCAACCUGGACCUCCACCCUGCCCUACGUCUCUCACCUCUACGCUGGAGCGUUUCCAUUGCGACCCUAGAAUCAUUCAGUCAGAAACCGUGACAACAAGGGGCUAUCAGUCACCAUGACAACAUGGCACAAUCCUUAGCUACCUUUUAUUUAAAUCUUUUGGUUGUAAAAGGAAGGUAUUCCAAAUAUAAUCCAGUUUUAAGGAUACAUUAUGUUUUUUAUUAUUAUUAUUAUUUUAGUUUUGCAAUUUUCAUUGUUUAUACUGUCAUUUUAAAGGACAAUAUGAAAAGGACAUUAAUGUGUCGUCUUUCUAGCGAAAAACGUGUGUAAUGUAUGUGUGCAAAGUACCAUGUUGCGGUCCUUCU